AUGUGGCUCUUUCGAACGAAGAGGGAGAGGUUGCCUACUUCGACUUGCGACGGACCGGCGAUUGUGUCAACGCCUGACGGAGCUGUGCCUGCUGUGCAGGUCGUCUCGCAAAUGUACAACGUCAUGCCAAGAAAAAGAGGGCUCAUUGGCUGGCUGUGGGCCCUCACGGGGCACCGACGGGAACCCUGUAUGAAACCAGAUGUAGGAGGAGAAAUGCAAGUGAUGUUACCCAACCAAGCACAAGACAUAGUUAGUUCGGGCGACGUGUGCUUAUUAGCUGAGAGCCCUUACAGGAUACUCAGAGCGGCUGAAAGCGGAAAUGUGGAAGAUUUUAAGCGCUUGUAUUUGACAGAACCCUCUCGUCUAUCAGUGCACGACACGCGGGGGCGCACCGUGGCUCAUCAAGCAGCAGCUAGGAAUAAUACAAAUAUACUACAGUUCAUUGUUAGCUACGGUGGAGACUUAAACGUAACUGACAACUCCGGGAACACACCACUGCAUGUGGCUGUCGAGAAUGGUUCUCUGGAUGCGAUAGAAUUCCUGCUAAAUCAUAAAGUCAACACAAGCAUCUUGAACGAAAAAUCACAGGGACCUCUACAUCUCGCUACUGAACUCAAUAAGGUGGCAGUUCUGCAGCUGUUUGUUAAAUUCAAGUCUGCGUUUAACGUUGAUCUCGGCGGCGAACAUGGUCGUACCGCAUUGCACUUUGCAGCCAUACACGAUCAUGAUGUUUGUGCUAGAAUUUUGAUAACUGAACUCGGCGCAGAAUGUAAACGGCCGUGUAACAAUGGUUACUAUCCAAUACACGAAGCCGCGAAAAACGCAUCAUCUAGAACAAUGGAAAUAUUUCUACAAUGGGGGGAGUCUAAGGGAUGUACAAGAGAACAAAUGAUUUCUCUAUAUGAUAACGAAGGGAAUGUUCCCUUGCAUUCGGCUGUACACGGAGGAGAUAUCAGAGCUGUUGAACUAUGCUUGAAGUCUGGCGCAAAGAUAUCUACUCAACAAUAUGAUUUGUCCACGCCAGUCCAUCUUGCGUGUGCGCAGGGCGCUCUGGAAAUUAUUGAGCUAAUGUUUCGUAUACAACCUGAAGAAAGAGAUGCCUGUCUGAAAUCAUGCGACGUACAAAGGAUGACGCCGCUUCACUGCGCCGCUAUGUUUGACCAUCCCGACAUUGUUAGCUUUCUUGUCGCUCAGGGCUCGGACAUAAAUCCUUUGGAUAAAGAAAUGAGAUCUCCAUUACUUCUAGCUGCUUCAAGAGCUGGAUGGAGGACAGUUCAAGUUUUGAUUCGUCUCGGGGCUGAUGUCGAACUUAAGGAUGUAAACAACCGUAAUGUUCUACACCUCGUCGUGAUGAAUGGAGGGCGCUUGGAGGAUUUUGCGGCUACUUGUAAGAAUCUUUGCGAGAGCAGUCUAACGAAGCUUCUUAAUGAAAAAGAUAACACAGGCUGCUCUCCCCUCCACUACGCUAGUCGCGCAGGACACAUACGGUCCUUGCAGAAUCUUAUAAAACUCGGCGCCUGUAUAAACCUGAAGAACAAUAACAACGAGAGUCCAUUGCACUUUGCUGCCAGAUAUGGACGAUACAAUACCGUAUGUCAACUGCUAGACUCAGAUAAAGGUGCUUUCGUUAUAAAUGAAAGUGACGGUGAAGGUCUUACACCACUGCACAUUGCCUCUCGUGAGGGACAUUCGAGGGUCGUGCACCUCCUGCUCAACCGUGGAGCACUGCUGCACAGAGAUCACAACGGCCGCAACCCGCUCCACCUAGCGGCCAUGUUCGGCUAUACGAAAACAAUUGAGCUGUUACACUCGGUUCACUCACACUUACUUGAUCAGUCGGAUAAAGAUGGAAAUUCGCCUCUACAUUUAGCUACUAUGGAAAACAAACCAAACUCUAUCGCAUUACUGCUAUCUAUGGGAUGUCGCUUGAGUUACAAUAACCUGGACUUGAGCGCUAUCGACUAUGCCAUCUAUUAUAAAUUCCCUGAAGCAGCUCUCGCUAUGGUUACUCAUGAACAAAGGGCAAACGAAGUAAUGGCCUUACGAUCAGAUCGCUACCCUUGCGUCACGCUCGCACUCAUCGCUGGCAUGCCGAACGUGUUUGAAGCGGUGCAGGACAAUUGCAUCACAAAAGCUAACUGCAAGAAGGACUCUAAAAGCUUCUACAUUAAGUACUCAUUCAGAUUCUACCAACAUACGAAGCAUGAAAUAGAAGCGCUGAGACAGGCGCGAAACGACCCAAACUUUCGUCCCGAACCGUUGAGUGUGAUCAACGCUAUGGUAGCUCAUGGUCGUGUGGAACUGCUAGCUCAUCCUUUGAGCCAAAAAUACCUUCAGAUGAAGUGGAACUCAUAUGGGAAGUAUUUUCAUCUCGCCAAUGUACUUUUCUAUUGCAUUUACCUAACUUUCGUUACACUAUUCACUUACAAGUUGAUGAGUGAGCCUAUGGUUAAUGGUAACAAAUUCAAUGAAACUGAUUUCGAUUUCGGCCUUAACGAAACUAAUUCGACAGACACCGUUGACAAAAAAGAUUUCGAAACUAUGAUCGCUAUCUAUGCAAGCACGGUUGCCGUUCUUUUCUACAACUUCAUGUGUCUUAUACGUGAAUUGUGCAACAUGAAAGAGCAGAAACUGCACUACAUUGUGGAUCCUUCAAAUUUUGUUUCAUGGACUUUAUACGUGAGCUCAACGCUAACGGUAAUACCAACGAUAUAUCCAAUUUACGGAGAUAUACAGCUAUCAGCAGCAUCAAUAACAAUAUUUUUGUCCUGGUUCCAUCUUCUACUACUUCUCCAACGUUUCGAUCAAGUCGGAAUAUACGUAGUGAUGUUCCUUGAGAUAUUGCAAACUCUCAUUAAAGUCUUGAUGGUGUUUUCGAUUCUCAUUAUAGCUUUUGGGCUAGCUUUCUACGUACUGUUAUCAAAAGGUCAGCACUUGUCAUUUAGUACGAUCCCGAUGUCUCUGAUCCGCACGUUCGCUAUGAUGCUCGGGGAAUUAGACUUCGUUGGAACAUAUGUGCAGCCAUUUUACAAAUCUGAAAGCGAAACUGACCUGCCGUUCCCACUACCGACGUUUUUUAUCCUGGUUCUGUUCAUGGUGUUUAUGCCGAUACUUCUGAUGAAUCUUCUCAUCGGUCUGGCGGUUGGUGACAUCGAGAGUGUCCGACGCAACGCUCAACUCAAACGCCUGGCUAUGCAAGUGGUCCUGCAUACUGAGCUGGAAAGGAAGUUGCCCAAGAUAUGCCUCGACAGAGUGGACAAGGACGAACUUAUUGAAUAUCCCAAUAAUAAGAAAUGUAAGCUUGGAUUCGUUGAUUUUAUCUUGCGCAAAUGGUUCUGCAACCCAUUUUCUGACGAAGGUAAUGGUCUGGAUCUCGUUUUGGAGAACAGUGAGGAUUAUAUAGCAACUGAGCUGGAUAAGCAAAAGCGUCGACUCCGGGACAUGUCAAAAUCUCUCGAGCAGCAGUACACUCUGUUGCGGUUGAUUGUACAGAAAAUGGAGAUAAAGACAGAGGCGGAUGACGUUGAUGAGGGCGUUUCCACAACGGAAACUCGCGUCGUGCCGCGCUGGAGCUCACCUCGUAUCCGCAAGAAGCUGCGCUCGGCCUCUUCCUUUAACAGGGGAGGUUAAUUUAUUUAAUGUCAAAUUGGCUACUUCACAACAUUUGAAUAGUACAAUCAUAUAUAUUUAAUUAUA